GCUUCGAACGUACGGCAAGCAAACGCCGACGCCGAAAUUCCGAAACCUCCUCGCCGCGGCGCCGCCCCGGGAGCCCUAGCGCGCGCCUUCCCUCCGCCGCCCGGAGCGGGCCGACCACCACCACCGCCACCUCGCAGGGUCCUCGCCCCCUCGAGUGGAUCGGCCUGAAUCCGGGGGCCUGGAUUUGAUCGCGCUAGGUGUGUAACUUGUGGACUUGGGCUGUAAAUAGCUCAGGGACCGACAAAGUUAUUAAAAAUGGUGGUUCUUGCUGCUUCUAUCAUCUCAAAGUCAGGAAAAGCACUUGUUUCUAGACAGUAUGUUGACAUGACUCGCAUAAGGAUUGAAGGAUUACUUGCAGCAUUCCCUAAACUUGUUGGAAAUGGAAAGCAGCACACUUACAUUGAGACUGAAAAUGUCCGUUACGUUUACCAACCUAUUGAAGGCUUAUAUCUUGUAGUUAUCACAAACAAACAAAGUAAUAUUCUUGAGGAUCUCGACACGUUGAGGCUACUCUCCAAGCUUGUGCCUGAAUACUGCCCCUCUCUCGAUGACGAUGGUGUUUGUAAAACAGCUUUUGAGCUUAUAUUUGCUUUUGACGAAGCCAUUUCUCUUGGAAAUAAGGAAAAAGUAACAGUUCAACAGGUCAAAGAAUAUUGUGAGAUGGAUAGUGUUGAAGAGAUGGAGUACAAGCAGAUGAUGCAAGAGAAAAUCAAGGAAACCAAAGAUUUUAUGAAGAAGAAAGUUAUUGAGAUUGAGAAAACCAGGAUGGAGAAAGGCAAACAUAACAAAGGAGGAUACUCAUCAAUAUCAGGUCCCCAGGUGAUUGAAAAAUCUUUCAAUGACAUGAGCAUUAGUUGUACUGGAUUUGGAAGUGGUUCUGGAUUAGGUGGAUUGAACACAGAUACAGACACAUUUACUAGCAGGCCCAAAGGUCGUACAUCUGGAGGUACUACAGGUGCUGGUAAAGGCAUUGGAAUGAAAUUAGGAAAUACAAAGAAGACGAACCAGUUCUUAGAAUCAUUGAAGGCUGAAGGUGAAGUCAUUAUGGAAGAUUUUCAACCAUGUUCUCUUCAGUCAAGGUCAUCGCCUCUACCACCGAGUGAUCCUGUCACAGUGGCUGUUGAAGAGAAACUCAAUGUUGCAGUGAAAAGAGAUGGUGGUGUUAAUAAUUUUGAUGUUCAAGGAACACUUGCUCUGCUGGUCCUUAAUGAUGCAGAUGGAUUAAUCCUGUUGCAGAUUGAAAGCCAAGAUAUUCCUGGACUUAGUUUCAAAACACACCCCAAUAUCAACAAGGACUUGUUUAACAGUCAGCAAAUUCUGGGGGCAAAAGAUCCUAUCAGGCCUUUCCCAAGUGGUCAAAAUGAAACUCCUCUAGUGAAAUGGAGAAUACAGGGGAUGAAUGAGUCAUCUUUACCUCUAUCAGUCAAUUGCUGGCCAUCAAUAUUAGGAAAUGAAACCUACGUCAACAUCGAGUAUGAAGCUUCUGAGAUGUUUGACCUGCACAGUGUCAUCAUAUCUAUACCUCUUCCUGCACUUCGGGAGGCUCCACGUGUUAGACAGAUAGACGGAGAGUGGAAGUAUGAUUCAAGAAACUCGGUUUUGGAAUGGUCUAUUAUCCUUAUUGAUCAAUCAAACCGCAGUGGAUCCAUGGAAUUUGUUGUUCCUCCAGCUGAUCCAUCAAUGUUUUACCCCAUAUCCGUUGGAUUUUCCGCAUCGAAUACUUUCAGUAAUGUGAAGGUUACUGGAAUCCGCCCUUUGAAUGAAGGUAGCAACCCUCCAAAGUAUUCGCAGAGGGUUCGUUUGGUUGCUGAUAAUUAUCAAGUGGUUUAACGCUCCAGUAAUUGUUAAUCAAUAUCUUGCUCUUGCCAUGUGCGGCUAAGCAGCCAUGGCAAGGAGAAUGGUUUUGGAUGUACAAAAUGUGUAGACGAGUUUUUCUCCUGUAGCAUGUUUGGCAAGUUGAUUUUUCAUCACCUCUUUUUUUUGGCAAUCAUUGCUGGAUAUACACUCAAGAAAGGCAUUCAGUUCUUUGAGCCAAUUAAAUUUCACAUUAGUGAUUUUAGGAGCAAAUAUAAUAUAACUUGGUUCAUGUCCCAAAAUCAUUCCACAACCACAACAUGUGCGUACAUCUUGAGCUAAGUUCCCAAGAACAUAUUGUAUCGGAUUAUUGGAUCUAUUGCGUUCACAGUUGGGUUGUUCAUUUGAUCCAAAUUUUCUCUUGUA